AUGUCCACCACAGCAGUUGCACCCAUGAUCGCCCACACAGUGGGUGGCCCAGUGAGACUAACAGGAGCACGUCCAACCAACAAAUUACCUCAAUUUCUCAUCGAUGAGGCACAGAUUGAGGAAAAGCAAUCCUUCGAUGCCAACCGACACAUGAACUAUCAGCCUCCUUCGAAGAUUUAUACCAUGAAGGAGAUUGGCCUUGAAGGCCAGGGAAUCUCCCCAAACGCAGUCACGGCGCCAUUCCAACUUUUCACUGAGGAAGCGAUUAAGCAGAUGAGGGCUGAGAUAUUUAGCAAGGCGGUAUUGGAUGAAUGCCAGUACACGUCGGCCUUUGUGAAAAACACUAUUCGGGGGAUGGGACCAGCACGCGCACCAUUUAUCUGUGAUGCCUGGCGCUCCCCCGAAGUUCUUGCGAAGAUUUCAGAGGUCGCUGGCAUUGAACUUAUCCCUUCCAUGAACUAUGAGAUUGCCGCUAUCAACAUUUCCGUAAACGAUCAGACUACGACAGUCAUGAAAGCAGAGGAUGAUGAUUUGCCUGCCUUCGCAUGGCACCGAGACAGUUACCCAUUCGUCUGUGUUACGAUGCUCUCUGAUUGCACCGGUAUGGUUGGAGGAGAGACUGCACUCAAGACGGCGAGCGGCGAAAUCAUGAAAGUUCGCGGGCCUGCGAUGGGAACCGCUGUUGUCAUGCAAGGUAGAUAUAUUGAGCAUCAGGCACUGAAGGCAUUCGGAGGACGUGAGCGGAUUAGCAUGAUUACCUCGUUCCGCGCAAAGUCUCCGCAUGUCCGAGACGAGACUGUCCUUACUGGAGUUCGGCCUAUCAGUAACGUGUUAGAGCUGUACAGGGAAUGGUCCGAAUACAGACUGAAGGUCCUCGAGGAGCGGAUUCGGGCUGAAUUGGAGAACGAACGGCAACAGCAACUGGGCCAGCGCCCCUUCAACGUUUCGGACAUGAAGACGUUUUUGAUCCAACAGAGGGAGUUCUUGGAUGCUACGAUUGCAGAAUUGAUCGAGUAG